GUACGGCUGCCUAUGUAUUUCCUUCCGGUGUCUCUUCACUAUUCCGACUAUUAUUGCCAUCUCUACUGAUCAGAUGUUCUCGUUCCGGUUCCCUUUCAGGAUGGAACGUCUGGAACGAAGCCGGGGCAGCCAUUCAACUCGGAGAGCGCUGGAUGACCCGGAGGCGAUUCAUCAUCCCGGAAGUCUGGCGUUCCCUGUCAGCGGGGACUGAGGGGAUGGCUAUCGAGCCUCGACCGGAGCAUCUGCAGCCUUUCCGCACAGCCCGCUGACUGAAAAAAAGGGAUUAUCAUCCGCCCACCCACCUAGAGGAGAAGCCGCAGCCAAGCAUGGCGGAAUUGGUGGCUGGGGAGGGGCCGCCACGCGGCCGCACGCCCAGCCCGCUCCCGAUCUCGGGGCCGCCGAGCCCUCGGCCAGCUGUGGCUCCCACCUGUCCCGCGCGCAGCCCGGAGCCUCCGCCGCCCGAGAAAGCCGCGGCUGGCGGCGGCGGCGGCGGCGGCUCCAAGUGGGUCCGACUCAACGUGGGCGGCACUUACUUCGUGAGUACCCGCCAGACUCUCUGCCGCGAGCCCAAGUCGUUCCUCUGCCGCCUCUGCUGCCAAGAAGGGCCCGAACUUGGCUCGGACAAGGAUGAAACAGGGGCAUAUCUCAUUGAUAGGGAUCCCACAUAUUUUGGUCCAAUCUUGAACUACCUCCGGCAUGGAAAACUCAUAAUAAACAAGGAAUUGGCUGAAGAAGGUGUUCUGGAAGAAGCUGAAUUUUACAACAUUGCAUCUCUAGUGAGGCUGGUGAAAGAGCGAAUACGAGACAAUGAAAGCAGAACUUCUCAAGGACCUGUCAAGCAUGUUUACCGAGUUCUGCAGUGCCAAGAAGAAGAACUCACCCAAAUGGUGUCUACUAUGUCUGAUGGGUGGAAAUUUGAACAGUUAAUUAGUAUUGGAUCAUCAUACAACUAUGGAAAUGAAGAUCAAGCAGAAUUUCUCUGUGUUGUAUCGAGAGAGCUCAAUAAUUCGACCAAUGGCAUUGUCAUAGAGCCUAGUGAGAAAGCAAAGAUUCUUCAGGAACGAGGAUCACGGAUGUAAUCCAAGCAUCUAACUUUAAAACUCCCAGAUGUUGAAAGGGCAACUUACCAGGGCAGAGCAUUUCUCCUGCAGUCCAAUCUUGCUUUUGUACAGUAAUAAAACUAACACAAAGCAAAGCUGAGCCUGUCCUGCCAGUGGAGAAUUAAAUUCUGGUAAAAACCAAAGGCUCAUCCCACCCCAGUCACUGAGAAGCUAAGAGAAAGAAGAGAAUCUUCCAGCUGGAGAGCGCAUUGCUCUGCUUUUUCCCCCCCUUGCUGUCUUGCUUUUGCUGUCUUGGCAUUGACACAUGUUUGGGAAUAUAUAUAUAUAUAUAUAUAUAUAUAUAUAUAUAUAUAUAUAUAUAUAUAUAUAUAUAUAUAUAUAUAUAUAUAUAUAUAUAUAUAUAUAUUUAUAUCAUCACAAGCCUGGAUAAAGAGCAGACUUUUGUUUUGGUUUCACACUGCUAUUUUUAAUGCUUUAGUUAGAAAAAUUGUCUUGGUUAGAGAUAUUCAGGUCAAGGGAAAAUAGAUUUGAAAAUGAAUAAUUAAAUAUUUUUUCUCCAUUUUCACUCACCAACCUUUUUUUUUUUAAUAUGUUACUGGUUCAGAGCUGUUAAAUAAGAAAGUUGAGUGAGGGAUGUGAUAUUAGCUGAAGGGUUUUUCUUCUGAUAACACUACAAAUUUAACUGUAGGCAUUUCUUGCAGUGCAGUUUGGUCAGCAUUCUUCAUGCUUUUAAGGUGUCCAAUUACCUGUGAUAUUUAGAUUCUGUCAUAUUGUUUCUUCUCUGUGAAAAGAGAGGAAAGAAGGAAGCUUAUGCCCCAUUUCUCUCACCAAAGCUAGAAUGUGUCCUUUGGGUUAUUUCAAAUAGUUCAUUGAUAUGGAAGAUUUGUUCCUGCCAAGUUCAGCUUUGCCUUGUCUUCAAUAGCAUGAAACUAUUCCCUUGUUCUCUUGACAUCCUGCAUUAAAGUAGGUUUUCAUUUGUACUCUUAAUUACUUUGGUUAUUAACUCUUACCUAAUAGAUCCAGGGAUAGAGAGUCUUUUAUUUACACAUUAUGAUUCUGUGCUUGAAAUUUCUCAUCCCUCCUUGUGUCCUCUCAUCCCAAAUGACUAAAGGUUGAGGAGGGGUGGGUGGGGCAGGGAGGUGUAAAAUGAUGACAGUUGCCAAACUAUUGCAAUGUUUCUUGUCCAAAGUGAUUUGUGAACUUCUGUAUUUUUUUUUUCUGUUGGAAUGCUUUGAAUGGAAGUAACAAUGUUGUGCCUCUCUGAAUUCUAUUCUUAAGACAAAUGGGACUUGCUGAUUUUGUCAAUUAAUUUGUGCCAUCCCUAAUCAGUGAAAUAUCCCUUCUAGUUGUUGGUAAAUGGAAUUCCUGAAGUAUUUGCUCUACAUUCUGCCUUUGUUUCUCGUUAGUCAACUUUGGCUUCUGGGCCUUUGAAUUAAGCUCUGAGCAUAAUGAACUAAAGUAUCAAAGAAACUGCAGUGCUUUGGUUUCCCUAGGCAAUAAUUGAAGCUCCCAUGUUAGUGAUCGGAGUAGGAUCCCUUAUAUUCCAAUUGGUUUGCUUGGAAUUUCUCAGCAAAGAGUUGCACUCAGUGUCUUUUUCAUGUUUUAUGGUGUGUGGUAAUGAGGCGUCCCCUUUUAUUUCUUCUUAGUUACAAAAGGAAUGGGAACAAAGAGGAUAGUGAAUGGUUACUGAAAGCAUGGAAGAUAUAUUGCAGAUGAAGCAAAAAUGUUUUAAAAUGAAAUUCAGGGUUCCGAAUUAUCCUGCUCCACAUUCUCCAUUAAUCUCCAGUAUUUCUGUACAUACUGUAUAUCACUGAGCUUCCCCACCAUUUUGCCAACAUACCUCCAGUGAUGUUUUGAUGGGUUAGAGCUUGAAUAAUGUUCAUUAUUCAGUCUCUGUAGCAACAGACUGUACCAAAGGUCUUGAGGUCAUUUUCUGGCUGCCAAAAUAUACUCAACCAGCUUCAUACUCUGUAAUUCAAGCAACUUUCUUGUCCUUCUUCAUCCUUCCUGUUUGUAAUGUGUUGGUAUUGGCAUGAUCAGGCUGGAUUUAACGAACACUGUGAUUUGUACAUAAAUCUAUGAGUAUCUUGUUCUUUCAGCCAUUGUCAAGUGUAUGUCCACAGCUGAGAAAUAACCAGAUGUGUUUGUGUGUGUGUUGUGAGGAAGUAUAAGAACCACAGAUGUAUCCUCAUAAUCUCUCCUUCCAAAGAAGGGAGAUCGUGGUGGCAUGAACUAGUUGAAAGGAAAAAAAAUCAGAGGAUGCUGCUAAGAAUAGCUGCCAUUUCCAAUGUGGCCUAACCCAACUCAUUCCCCACCUUGGUGGGUAUGUAGCAGUGUUAGAUUUGCUUGGAAGCAGAUCUUAACUGUGUAGCUUUAGUAAACUAAAACAAAUACCUCAUUGAUUUAUGUUAUGAUCACCAGAAACACCAUGCAUGGGAAAGCCACAUUAGAAGAGUGCCUGAUGUCAAGUAGAUGAACUGCUAAAAGUAAUUUCAUUUCAUUGUACAUGUAGGUGCCAUUGAAAACAGCUCCAUUAAUCUGGAAUAAAAUCAGAUUUGAGAGGAAGCUGCUCUGUUAGAGCAAGAUUU